CCUACAAUAAAGUCUAAAACCCUUUUAUCUCCAUCUCUCUGUUCUAACUCCAAAACCCUAACCCUGAACCACAUUAGUUGAUCAAUCUAGAGCUUUUUAAACCCUACCAUAAAAUCCAAAACCCUUUCAUCUCCCUCUCGGAUUCAGACUCCAAAAAUCCUAAUCCUGACCACAUCGACUGAUCCAUCAAGAGAAGCCAUGCAUAGGAGUCCAGCGCUAGACAUGCCUGAUGUCCCAAAAGGGCAGCUUCCUCCACACAUCGAGCUCCAGAGAACUCGCGUUCUCUGCAAUUUCGAUGCUCCUACUCAUACAGAGAAUGUUCAAUAUUCUGGUGCUUAUUCAUCCAUGGGAGUUGAUAAUAGUUUGCGGAUGGAUCAAUUCUGCAAUAAUUUUAGAGUUGAAGUGAUUCGGCUUUCAGAGGAUGACAUGGAGUUUGAUAUGAUUGGUAUUGAUCCUUCGAUUGCUAAUGCAUUUCGUAGGAUCCUCAUUGCAGAGCUUCCCACAAUGGCUAUUGAAAAGGUUCUCAUUGCAAAUAAUACAUCAAUUGUCCAAGAUGAAGUGCUUGCCCACAGAUUGGGUCUCAUUCCAAUCGAUGCUGACCCAAGGCUGUUUGAUUAUUUGUCAGAAAAUGAUACUCCUAAUGAAAAGAACACCAUUGUUUUUAACCUUCACGUUCGUUGUGAGCGAGGCGGGCCCCGACUUACAGUAAAAUCAAAUGAAUUAAAGUGGUUGCCACAUGGUAGUGAGUUUCCAUUGGCUACAGAAAAUACAACUUCAAGUUCAACCUCAAAACCAAAAACCUAUACCUCAUUUAGCUGCAGCCAGGAUUCCUUGCCAGAAUUUUCUGACAAAUCCAUCGGUCCUAAGCAUCCAGACAUUAUUAUUGCUAAACUUGGCCCUGGCCAGGAAAUUGAACUUGAAGCACAUGCGGUUAAAGGGAUGGGUAAAACUCAUGCGAAGUGGUCGCCAGUGGCCACUGCUUGGUAUAGGAUGCUUCCUGAGGUUGUGUUGUUACAAGAAAUUGAAGAUGAGAAGGCAGAAGAACUUGUCAAGAAAUGUCCAGUUAAUGUAUUUGAUAUUGAAGAUAUUGCCAAAGGUAAAAAAAAGGCCACUGUAGCCCGACCACGAGCUUGUACACUAUGUAGAGAAUGCAUUAGAGGGGAUGAUUGGGAUAAGCAUGUGGCGAUACGACGUGUCAAGAAUCACUUCAUAUUUACCAUUGAAUCAACUGGGGCAUUACCUCCUGAAGUACUAUUUAAUGAAGCUGUGAAGGUCUUGGAAGACAAAUGCGAACGAGUGAUUACUGAGCUCUCAUAAAACUUUGCUCUUGGGAUGCCUAGAAGAGAUUGAUUGAUGUGGAAAAGAAAAACAGAAAGGAAAAGGUUUGUGCUCUGCUUCAAAUCAGAAUAUUGGGAAAAAUCAGCUUCACGAUUGUCGGGAUAAGGUCAUCAUUAAUUCAGCAAAAAGGAAAAGGACGAAAGGAACCUAAUUAUUAUUUAGAGUUGCCAGGAAAUCGUGUUUUGCAUGAGAAGUUCCUGGUGUACUUUUAACUUGUCUUGGUCCUGAUUGGAAGCCCCAAGUUAUUUUUUUCUUGUGCAAGAUGUAAAACAGCUUAUUUAUUGUCUGCAUAUGGCUCACAUAUUUUCUGUGCAAGAUGAGAUAUUAUGGAGUAUGACAGUCUCCAUGUUUUGUUAUGUUUCAAUUAUAGAUAAUGUAUUAGUGCCUGGUGUUCUCUCCAAGUUGCGGAUAUUUUCAA